CAUGCGCGAGAGGACCCCGGGCCCGGCUGGUCGGGGACUCGGGGAGCGCGCGGUGCCCGCGCCGCCGGCGACCCGCUGCCUCGCUUGCGGCACUUUGGAGGCUCUGCCGCCCCUCCGGCCCACCCCCGUCCCAGCCCCCGAGCGGAGGCGCGCCAGCCCCUGUCCUGCCCUCACGUGCCGAGGCCGCUGCAGUGACCCCGCCCCCGGGCGGCGAUGUGACCGGCGGGCGUCCCCGCAGCGGGCCGGGCGCCGGGAGUGGGCGGCUCGGCGGGGCCGGGCGAUGGCCCUGCGGCCGGCGCUGCUCGCCUCGGAGGGCCUGGAGCAGUGAGGGCUGCGAGCGAGGGACCGCGGCCCGCGCCAUGGAGGGGGUGCUGUACAAGUGGACCAACUAUCUGAGCGGUUGGCAGCCCCGGUGGUUCCUUCUCUGUGGGGGGAUAUUAUCCUAUUACGAUUCUCCUGAGGACGCCUGGAAAGGCUGCAAAGGAAGCAUCCAGAUGGCGGUCUGUGAGAUUCAAGUUCAUUCUGUAGAUAACACACGCAUGGACCUGAUCAUCCCCGGGGAGCAGUAUUUCUACCUGAAAGCCAGAAGUGUGGCUGAGAGACAGCGCUGGCUGGUGGCCCUGGGGUCAGCCAAGGCUUGCCUGACCGACAGCAGGACCCAGAAGGAAAAAGAGUUUGCUGAAAACACUGAAAACUUGAAAACCAAAAUGUCAGAACUAAGACUCUACUGUGACCUCCUUGUUCAGCAAGUGGGAAAAACGAAAGAAGUGACCACCACUGGUGCGUCCAGUUCUGAGGAGGGAAUCGAUGUGGGAACUCUGCUGAAAUCAACGUGCAAUACUUUUCUGAAGACUUUGGAAGAAUGCAUGCAGAUUGCAAACGCAGCCUUCACCUCGGAGCUGCUCUGUCACACUCCCCCAGGGUCACCGCAGCUGGCCACGCUCAAGUCCAGCAAGAUGAAACAUCCUAUUGUACCGAUUCAUAAUUCAUUGGAAAGGCAAAUGGAGUUAAACAGUUGUGAAAAUGGAUCUUUAAAUAAGGAAAUAAAUGAUGAUGAAGAAAUCCCAAUGAAAAACAAGAGUUCCUUGUAUCUGAAAUCUGCAGAGAUCAAUUGCAGCAUGUCAAGUGAAGAAAAUAUAGACGAUAAUAUAACAGUCCAAGGUGAAAUAAUGAAGGAAGGUGGAGAGGAAAACUUGGAAAAUCAUGACAACUUGGCCCAGCCCAUAUCAAACUCCUCAAGUAGCUCGCCGGAAUCCCGCUGGGAAGAAGGCCAAGAAGUUAUCCCGACCUUCUUUAGUACCAUGAACACCAGCUUUAGUGACAUUGAACUUCUGGAAGACAGUGGCAUUCCCACAGAAGCGUUCUUGGAGUCAUGCUAUGCUGUGGUUCCAGUGUUGGACAAACUUGGCCCUACAGUGUUUGCUCCUGUUAAAAUGGAUCUUGUUGGAAAUAUUAAGAAAGUGAAUCAGAAGUAUAUCACCAACAAGGAAGAGUUUACCACCCUCCAGAAGAUAGUGCUGCACGAAGUGGAGGCAGAUGUAGCCCGGGUUAGGAACUCGGCUACCGAAGCCCUCCUGUGGCUGAAGAGAGGUCUCAAAUUCUUGAAAGGAUUUUUAACAGAAGUGAAAAAUGGAGAAAAGGAUAUCCAGACAGCCCUGAACAACGCGUACGGUAAGACGUUACGGCAGCACCACGGCUGGGUCGUUCGCGGGGUUUUCGCGCUGGCUUUGCGGGCAGCUCCGUCCUAUGAAGAUUUUGUGGCCGCGUUAACCAUAAAGGAGGGCGACCACCAGAAAGCCGCUUUCAGUGUCGGGAUGCAGAGGGACCUGAGCCUCUACCUCCCAGCCAUGGAAAGGCAGCUGGCCAUCCUGGACGCGCUGUACGACGCCCACGGGCUGGAGAGCGAUGAGGUGGUGUGACGCCUGCGGGACAGCGCCGCCCCCUGCAGGGAAGAGCUUGCUGCAGCGUUUGGAUGCCCCACUUAAUUUCCAGCAGCAGCUUCAACCCUCUCCAUCCCUUAUGCCGGCCAUGGAGAGAUGGAGGCAAAGCCUAGUGCUUUUAUAUAUCAUUUUUAAAUGCGUACAUGUUUUGUGUGUUUAAAAAUCAAGGUGCUAUAUAUUUCAGUUCAAAGGGCCUCCUGGAAACCAAACCGUAGCUGUUUUAGAGACUUGAACAGCAAGUUAUAAGAGCAGAUUUGACAAGUUAAUUUCUUGGGUCUUGUUUUGUUUUGUUUUUAGCUUUAAGUUUUAAUGGGCCACCCAACCCAAGCUGAAAAUGAGCAAAUUCUGUAUCAAGGACUGUAACUCACGGGUAGUGUUUCAGCCAGUUUAGGAUUAGACUGAAGCUUAGGGGGGCUAGGCCCCUGGUGGAAGCUGUGAGGUGUAGGUUGGCUGUCCUAGACGUUCUUCAGAGGAUCUUCUCUCCGGGGCUCUGGGCGCGAGGGACCUGUAGUCGAGUGUGCAGAGCGUGGGUGUGGCAUGCCAGCAGGAGGUGGAAGACACCCAGAGGAGUGCCAUCCCGUGAGGGGUGGGAAGAUGAUGGCUCUGCAGAGCUGAGUGUGCCCCACGCUGAGGGCAGGGGGCGGGUCCUCCCUGAUGACCCUGCCUAGUGCCCACCCUCGUUCCCAUGCUUCCCCAGACAUUGUCUCCAUGGGACACCAUAGCAACACCGUGACAUUCGGGGGUUGUUACCCAAUUUCAAAAGUAGGCUUCAGAGGUGGAGGGAUUUUUCUGCUCACCAUGCACAGCCUCUAAACAGGAACCAGGUGAUGUCCAGGUGUGAUUGUGACCCUUCUGUGUCAAAGUCACAUGCAGUGCCGGGCAGAAAGCACAGCCCCAGGCUGACUAACCCGGCGAGCCGAGUCCUGUGGGCCGGUCAGGAACCGGCAUCUGAGUGCUUUUCUGGUGAUUCUGUGCGCACAGCAUUGAGGAAUCCUGAGAUUAAACCUUAGUUUACAGAAUUUCCAGUCUUCCACAUGAGCUAUAUGAUGUGUCCUGUUUUUCAAAGAGGAGGAGGCUUUUGUGGAAAUAACAGUUAAAGGGAGAGAGAGACAUGCACCACGUUUACUCCGCAGUUUUUCUAACUCAGCCAGCAUCCGCGCCCGGCCAGUGUGUACCAGGCAGGAAUGGUGGCUCCCAGUGUGCUCGCUGAUCAGUCUUGGCUUAACCACCCACCACACAAGCUAAAUGCAGCUGCUCGGCAGUCUCCCAAGCUCUGGGACUGUGGCAAGGUUUACCAGCGGGAUUUCAGUCUUCCCUAAGACAACCUUGUGUGGGCGUUGCCCUGGAAAGAGUGACCCUGGGACUCUGGCCCUGCUCUCAGGAGCCACACCGCCCAGUGCCUGGGGAGAAGCCACGGGCCUUCCCCCUGGAGGCGCUUCCUGGAGUAGCUGGAGGGCAUUUCCACCUUGAGGCGGCUCCCAGGGGAGAAGGCGAGCUCCUCUGAGCAGCGCAGGUGAAUGCUGCCUGGGCAGCCCCAGAUGACACUGUCCGAGGGCAAAGAACCCCUCCUUAGGGAGGCUCAUGUGGGGAGGGGUGUUGCUUUUGUCUCCCGUCUGUCUCUGAACGGAUGGGCGUUUAUUUCGCUCAGUUACUGAAGCAGGUACUCUGUUAUAAGGACUUCUGGAAAAGGCUUCCACUUAGAAAAGCAACAUCAGAUGUUUGAAGGCUGGGGAGGAAAGCGGUGCUGCAAGGAUGCUGGUUCUUCUGUAGUUGAGCACUUCCUGUUGGUACUUAUCAAGGUGUGUGUGUGUGUGUGUGCGCGCGCGUGUGUGUGUGUGUGCGUGUGUGUUGCUCCCCCUCCCACGACUAACAGUGUGGAUCUCCCUGUGUGGCUGGUGUGACAGUGAUGGGGACGAGGGGUCCUGCCCUUGACAUCGCCUCCUAAAGGGAAGGAGACAGCAGCCAGCCUUUGCUUGCACCUUGAAUGAGGACACUGUAGGCCUUGUGCCCCUGGGAGAGGAUGCGGCCAGGAGCCUGUGAGUGUGGUGACGAUUCCGUUCCAGCCACCUGUGUGCUCCCUGUUGCCGCAGGCGAACUCGCGAGGUGAGGGAGUGGGCACACGACCAUUACCUCAGAUUUGCCCGCAAAGCUGUGAAUUCACACAAAGAAAGCUGCUCGGCACGGCCGUUUUCUGUUGAUGUAGGUACAUGGUGUACAUGCCUCGGUUUUCUGGGGAGGAAGGGUUUACUGUUAUCUGGGCUCACUGGGAAUCCAGUGGGAUAACUGGGGUAAGUUCCAUUUUCUGGUCACCCCUUUCCCAACUCCAUAGAAAGGGUGAUGUCUUUUGAGAGGUACUUUUCUCCCUGGAGCAUAUACAGUUUGCCUAAGAUGUGUGACGCUCUGAGAAUCCUUCAAUAAAAAGAACCAGGAAUUGAGCCCAGUGCCAGGCGAUAAGUUCAACCCGACCUGAAGCUUGGCACCCAUGGCACUUCCUCCUGGAUCCACUGUUCUGCAUCCCCAUUUUCGUCCAAGUCCUAAUUUGUGCUACUUCGCAGUUACUAUGUCAGGAGGGGACAAAGAAAAGGUGGUUAAGGCUUUUUCCCCCAUAAUCCCACCAGAUUCCAGGACACUUAAGCUUUCCUCCACCUGCCGGCCAGACGAGAGGAGAGCAGAGCGCCGUGUCCUGUCCGCACCUGUCCCACAGGUGGGAGCCAAGCUUGACACUCGGGAGGGGUCGGUCUCUCUCUCUUUUUUUUAAAAAUAUAUUUUAUUGAUUUUUUACAGAGAGGGAGAGGGAUAGAGAGUUAAAAACAUCGAUCAGCUGCCUCCUGCACACACCCUGCUGGGGAUGUGCCCACAACCAAGGUACAUGCCCUUGACUGGAAUCGAACCUGGGACCCUUCAGUCCGCAGACCGAUGCUCUAUCCACUGAGCCAAACCAGUUAGGGCAGGGGUUGGUCUCUUAAUCUCACUGAACAAUGACAGCAACUGCUUUGUCCUUUGAAAGCACAUUUGACAUUUUAUAGCGAAUCCUGUGAAAAUUAUUAAGUUGGAGGGAUGCCCUUUGGGGGGCGACACCCACUCAUGAUUGACAGUGAGCUGGAGACAGUUUUCUCAUCAGCUCUUCAGGGAGUUCAGAAGUGGGGCUCCGGGUCGACUUGAAAAAGCUGUGCCCCUGCCCAUUAGGAGCUGUAGGUCGUGGCUUGAGGCAGCUUGCCAUCGUUUAGGGCCAUUCUGAACACAAAGCUCCCCCAAUGCCUGUUCCAGGGUGAGGGACAGCUGAGCUCCGGGUUCAGCCGGGCGGCCUCUCUCCUUUCUCACGCUCGCUCGCCCGCACUGCCCUCAUCUGCGCCCAUCGGAGCAUCAGCUCCGCCCCUGUAGCUGCCCUGCCCCUUCCCCAGCAGCACCUCUGGCACCCACCUCGCCCAGGCUUGGGUGCCUCAUCAGCAGGACUCACGCCCUCCCAGGCUGCACGAGCUUCCUAAGAGCCCUCUUCCCAAGGUCACUGUGAAGUGGGCGACCCCCAGGAUGCGGGCGUCCCGGAAAGGUGAUCUGGAAUGAGAGGGGUGCCGCUCGGAAAGUCCGCGGCCCUCUCCUUCCGGUCACUAACCGUGUGUGCACGUACAUCCAAAGACUCACUGCUUUCACCUUCAUGUUUUCAGAAAAGUGGUUUUAAUCUUUAAAAUAUGUGGUGGGGACCAAUAGAUAAAGUACCCGUUUCUUUAUUCAGUGUGGAAUCAGUGAAAGAGCUGGGUAAAGGGCAUUUUACUAAAACUUCACCCAACUGAAAAUCUCAGGCAUCGUGUAAGGCCCGAGCGGGCGCCAGGGGUCCUGGGCAGUAGAUGAUGUGAGACAUCCAGGAAGCUUUCGAAUGAAAACUAUUUUUUUCCUACUAAACUACCAUGUCCUACAAGAAGUGGUUAUGCAAUGGUGCAUUUCUGAAUCACUGAUUAAAAUCACUUGCUUCUGAUUGUAGUCAUGGGUUUUACAAUCCUCAGCUCCCCCACCUUCAUGUUUCAUUUCUUUCUAAGGUGAACUAGCACCUUUUUUAUACUUUUAGGAUUUAGAAGUAAAGCAUAUUUUAAGCCAUUGUUCUCUUAGCUGAGCUAAUGUGUUUGGUCUCGGCGACCUGGCGCCGUUGCCCUUUGAUCUAAUACAGUCUGUACGCAGACGUCAGUGUGUGCAGCAAACCUGUGUCCUGUGAACUGUGUGCAGAAGACUUUACUUAGAAAUAUGUCCUGCUUCGGUGUCCCUUUGUGACCUGCAGUUGCUUACUCAGGGGUUUCACAGUAAUGACAUGAAUAUUCACUAGCUGUCUAAUGGUGGUGUAAGACUGCUUAUCUGUUACAAGGUUGUUCGGGUCCUUUCGAAGCUCCAUGUGCAUCCUGCUCUUUAUACCCCUGCAUCCAUGCAGCCAGAGCCACCUGCAUGGCUUCUCCGCACAGCUGCGUCAGGGCAUGACUGAGCACUAUUGACGGUACAGUUGACGCUUGCAUUAACCUUGCUCCUCUGCUGUUUUUACAUAGCUUUCACUAAAAGGAAAACACGUACCAUGACUCUGUGAUGCAAACAUCCUUUGGUUACCCUUUGAAUCACUUCUCCUUCAGAGCGAACAAAUCUUUCCAGCUAAGCUAUGUGAGAACCCAAGAAAGAGGGGCUGCUUGUUUUAAGCACGUCCUUCCACUUACACACAUUUUACAGCGUGGUAUUUCCUCCCUGUACUUCAUCAACAGAAACCAUCCCGGGAUGGUUGGUCUCCUUGCAAAGCUGUUCUCAUCCACACAGACUCAGUAGAUGCUGGUGUUUUUAUAGGUGUCCAUGGAGUCGGUGAUGACAGGAAAGGUGACCUAGAAGUAACUUCUGUUGCUUCCCGGAAGGCUAAUAAGCCAGUCGCGUGGCAUAUUUGAUGCGAGUCUCCUGUGUCAUGACAGUUCACUAGAAUGUCAGUAAACAGCCCAACUACCUCAUGUGAAAUUGGCUGUGGACAGUCUGUGUCAGAUGAGACAUGUGUUAAGGUCACUUUAAUCUGGUUUGUAGAUGAGACAAAACUGAUGUCUCUAUAAAGAAGAAACACGUUCAGCCAGAUGCCAAAGGCUAUGAUGUACAUAGGUUUCCUUGGGUUAAUUUUUUUAAGUCAGUGUUUAAUUCCACCCCCAGUAUUCUUAUCUCGAAUGUUCUUGGUCUCAUAGAUUCAUGCACUUUGAAUAUCUGUCACACGCAGUCUUUGUUACCAGUUCUUGUCCUUCAACGUUUUAAUUGAGCAUCAUAAUGACAGUAGGAAACAAGUGUCAAGUGGUUUGUGGAUUUCUUAAUUUGGAUGGACCUUUACUUAGAAUAUAUGUUGGAGCCUUUUUAGGACCAACCAAUGAAUGAAGAUUUCAUGUUUAGUGUUUCAUGUAAAACUCUGUCCAAGUUCUUACUCUGUAUCUUGUUGGGGGUUGGGGGAGAAGAGCAGAACAAGGGAGGGUUUUACUUUUUUUGCAAAAAUGUUUGAAAACAUCUGUCAGAUUUUAUAUUCGUUAGUUAUAAUAAAGUUAUUUUUAAAGUAU